AUGGAUAACGUAUCUACUAUAUUCAAUUUUACAGAAAAACUUGGGGGUUGGGGAGCACUAGCACCUAUUGGAAAUUUGACUGAUGAGAUCACUUAUUUAGUAUUUGAUAAUCAAUUGAUUAAAACUACUGUUGGGAUAACGAACUUAUCGCAGUUGCUUUUGAUAUAUAUGUCUAUUUUUGCAAUUACCUUAGGGAGUUAUGCAUCUAUUCAGAUACCACCAAAUGCAUUGCCACCAAGCGAAGACCAUCCAUUAUUUGACCCAACUGAUAAAGACUGUAUGCCUAUUGAAAAAGGCCAAGAAAUAAGUACAGGUAUUGCUCUUAUUUUACCAGUCCUAGCAGGUAUGGCGCUGUUAUGCAUGUAUUACUUUGCGAAAAAACAUGGUGGUGACACUAUAUCUUAUUUUUUUUCCAAAUAUGUCAUCAUCAUUUCAUUCACUUCGGUUAGUUUUAUGAUUGGUUACGUGUACAAUAAUAUUUGUAGAAAUAUUGCAAACAAGUAUGGUAUACAACCCAAUGUGUUGAACAAGAGGUAUGCUAUCACAUUAUCCGAAGAUGUUACUAUCCAUCCGAUAGGGAUAGAACCAGAACUGGCAUUACCCCAAGACACAGAAGAGGAGAGGAUAAUUAGGGAGGAAAAGUUACUUGAAAACAGGGAACCAAUUAGUCCAAAAAAUCAGUUGGUAAAUGUCUACUUAACUUCGGGCAAUGUACUGGGGUACUUUGUGGGAAUUGUAUUUUCUGUCUUAUUCAAAUAUUACAAUGGCGAAAAUAAUUGGAUACUGAAUAAUAUACUUGGGGUUUGUGUUGUUGUUACAGGAAUUAAGUCGACAAAAGUCCCAAAUUUUAAAAUUGCUACUAUAUUACUGACCUUGUUCUUUGUUUACGAUAUUUAUUUCGUUUUCGGCACUGAUGUAAUGGUCACUGUUGCAACUCAAGUUGAAAUUCCUGUAAAAUUGAUUAUGCCACAUUAUGUGAACAGAGAGACUGAUGAGGUCAAAUUAUCAAUUCUUGGAUUGGGAGACCUGGCAUUGCCUGGUAUCUUCAUUGCUUUGUGUCUAAGGUUUGACUUAUUUAGACACCAUGGAAAUUUCCCUAAUACUGAGUUCCAUUUAUUACAGAGGUUUGAACGACCAUAUUUUAAGGCUGCCAUGUUUGGAUAUGUUGGUACUUUAUUAUUAACCCUUAAAGUGGCUGAAAUUUACAAAGUUGGCCAACCUGCACUGCUAUAUCUUUGCCCAGGAAUAAUAAUCAGUGUAUUUACAACUGCAUUGUCUAAGGGAGAAUUCGGGAAGCUGUGGGAGUACCAGGAGAUGGAAGAAGAGCUUACGUAUAAGAAAACCGAGGAAAGUUUAUGUUCAGAAGAGACGCUACGUUUAGUGUCAGAAAUCAACGAGAAUAAUAGUGAUGAUUCUGAAGAUCCAGAUUACGAAAUACAAGAAGAGGAAAACGACGACGACGACGAUGACGAUGACGACGGACAAGAGGAACAAGAAGAAUAA